AUGUCGACCGCACACAGACCAAACUUUUCAGCCGCCAAAGCACGCGCUCCUGGUCCGCAGCAAUCACAGCAAACAUCAGUGGCCAACAUCCCACAACACACAAAGCUCAAAUUUCGUCAACCCAACAACCUCACCUCCUCGGCAUCCUCUGUUCCUUCUGCGUCCGCAUCCGCAUCCGCAUCUGCAUCUGCAUCCAGCUCUGCAGUAGCGAUACGCUCUGGCGGUGGAAGCGAUAGUGAGGACGCAAGACGGCGAGACUUGAAGAGGGAGCUGGAGCAGGCGGAGUGGGAGGCGAAGAACAGGAAGAGGGUCAAGGCUGGCUUAGAGGCCCUACCUCGGCCCGGCAGCCAGGGGGUGGCUUUGGGUGAGGAUCAGAAGGAAGAGGAAGAGGCGAGGAGGAGGCGGGAGGCGAUUGCGCAGGCGAUUGAGCUGGAUCGUGAUUCCGAUGCGGCCUCUUCCGAUUCCGAUUCCUCCUCCGACGAGGAUCACAACGAGGAAGAGGAGAAGCCGAACGCCACCGCCACUAGCAACCACGACAACGGAAAGGAGGAGGGGGAGGAGGAAGAAGACGAAGACGACUCGUCCGACAGCGACUCGGACUCCGAUUCAGAAGACGAGCAAACCCUCCUGCUUCGUGAGCUCGAGAAGAUCAAGUCCGAGCGAGCAGCCGAAAAACAGCGUCUCUCUGCGCUGGCCGCGUCCACCGCCGCUCUCACCGCCCAGGAAGAAAUCGCGCGCGGUAACCCCCUACUCAACCUCCAAGCCGCGUUCUCCUCGUCCACCCCUUCGAGUAACUCCACCUCCAGCGCGAAUGGCAGAGAGCAACGAGACUUCGGCGUGAAGAAGCGAUGGGACCACGACGUCAUCUUCAAGAACCAGGCCGAGGCCGCAGGCCACAGCGGCCGCGACGCAAAGGCCGGCUUCGUCAAUGAUCUCACCCGGUCCGAGUUUCACAAGAAGUUUAUCAAUCGGUACAUCAAGUAA